AAGAGACUGACGGACGGAGAGAGACAGAAAGUCACCGCCCGCUGCUGCCCCUCCUUCGCUUUCUUUCGCUUUUGCCAGCACAAGAAUUUAUUUUGACCCCGAUUUUCAUUCGUUCUUUGGUGAAUUGAGAAUUAAUUACUUUGUCCCCGUGGGAUUUAAUUACUGUUCGUUGUCGACCAAUUUCUGAAAUCGAACGGUUCCUCAGUCAGAUUCUUAUUAUCCUACUGCCCCGCAAUCGUUGCUAUGUCGGCUUCCAUCCCCUCGGAGCGCCCUCUUAAGGACGAUGACUCUCGCUCGACGACCUCGGAGGAUUCCGAACUCAGCAAUGAAGAAGGUUGGGAGGAUGUCGAACCAGAUGAUGAGACCCAGCCUGUCGUUGGCCUCUUUUCCGAGAAAGUCUACCCGGACGUGAACUCCAUGUUGAAGGAGAGCAAGGACAAGCACAAUUUUGACCUGCGGAAGUUGCAAAAGGAGCUCGGCCUGGACUUUUUGGGUACUAUCAAAUUGGUCAAUUACAUUCGGUCGCAGGUGAAGUCGGGAAACUUGAGCCCGGAUGUGACUUCUAAGAGCAACUUUGAAGACGACGUGUAUCUGAAGCCCGUUCUCGAGGACGAUGCUCUCUUGUACAGCUUGGACGACAUUGAAGAUGAGACUGCGGAGGGACCCGGUGGUACGGACGCAGAGCGACAAGUCGUUGAACUUCAGGAGGAGCUUGAACGUCUCCAGACCCAAUUCUCUGAAUACCGAUCAGCUGUGCAGCAGUCCAUGGAAGACCAAUUGUCGAAGGAGGACGAAAAACUCGCAUCCGGCCCGCCGCCCCAGCGUGUCAAGGGCAAGAUCGAGGAAGCGGACGCGGAUUACUUCGUGUCUUAUUCUUACAACGGAAUCCACGAGUCUAUGCUGAAAGACACUGUUCGCACCGAUUCUUACCGCGACUUCGUUUACGAAAACAAGCACAUCUUCAAGGAUAAGGUUGUCUUGGAUGUUGGAUGUGGAACCGGAAUCCUGUCCAUGUUCUGUGCCAAAGCGGGCGCAAAGAAGGUCAUCUCGGUCGACAACUCGAAUAUCAUCGACAGAGCUAAGGAGAUCGUUUACGAGAAUGGAUUUGGUGAUGUGAUCACAUGCCUCCGUGGCAAGAUUGAGGAAGUAACUUUGCCUGUUCCUCAGGUUGACAUCAUCAUAUCCGAGUGGAUGGGUUACUGCCUGCUCUUUGAGGCUAUGUUUGAUUCCGUCAUCUAUGCCAGAGACCGAUAUCUCGCCCCCGAUGGACUUAUGGUUCCGUCGCAUGCUACGCUCCGCAUCGCUCCUUUCGCCGACCCCGACUUCAUCGCGUCGAACAUCUCAUUCUGGCACUCCGUUUACGGCUUUGACAUGUCCAGCAUGCUCACCGGCAUCCACGACGAGGCCCUUGUUCGUGCCAUCCAGCCGUCGUCCCUCCCCGCAGACUCUACCAUCUUCCUCCCUCUCCCGUUGCACACGAUUACUGUCGACGAGCUGUCCUUCGUGAAGGACUUCCAGGUUACUUUGAACGAAGACAUCGAUGCGCUGGAUGGCUGGGCUAUCUGGUUUGACAUGUUCUUUAUGCCAUCCAGAGAAUCCACCGUCCCCGAAAAUGUUAUUCCGUCGGAAAUGCAGAAGAAGGGCAUUGUCGCCUUCACCACGGGGCCUCAUGGAACUGAAACCCAUUGGCAACAGGGUGUUUGUCUCAUUGACCAUGGAAAGAAGCGUGCGACUCCCUUGAAGAAGGGACAAACCAUCACCGGGAAAAUUGGAUACCAGAAGAAAGAAGAGAAAUCGCGAUUGCUGGAUAUCACCAUCGAUUGGGAUGCACAGGGUGUCGAGAAGGGAUCUCAACAAUGGAGCUUGCAAUGAGUUAUGUCCUAGAUUAGAAAAGUUUAAGACUCAGAUGGUUUUGUUUUUGGUUCGGGUACAAAUAAAAGGGAUAUAUCAUGAAUAGAAAUGAAAUGGCCGUUGAAUGUGA